AUGUCGAAACAAUUUACCAUCAAAGAAGUAGCGGAACACCACAAGGAUUCAGAUAAAGGGCUGUAUAUUAUUGUUGAUGCGGAUGUUUAUGAUGUUACUGGCUUCGUAGACGAACACCCCGGCGGCGCCAAAAUCCUCAAAAGAGUCGCGGGCAAAGACGCAAGCAAGCAGUUUUGGAAAUACCAUAAUGAGAGUGUGUUGAAGAAGUACCAGCCGAAGUUGAAGAUUGGGAGUGUGAAGGAGGAGGCGAAGUUGUAA